AUGCCACACUUCCCAAAGAGCACAGGCUUUCAAUCACGCCGAGACUCGGCCGCCGAUGUCAAAGAUGUGUCUGUCCGGGUCAAAAACCGUCGGAAGCGGUAUCUGGAUCUGCAUCCCGAGUACUUCUCGGCAGAUCUCGAGCUAGCCGUGCUUGUCCAGUAUAAGCUAACCGAUAUCGAUCAUGUCGUUCUAGACCCAUUGUUGUAUGAUCGCCUCAUUCGUCGAUUCCAGACCCCCCAAGAAAGGGAAGCGCAGGGUCGUGCCAAAGGCUUUUCGGGAGUCCUCGAGACUGAUCUGAUGCGCUCCGAGGCCAAAAUGGAUGCUUUGGCACACCCUGAUCCGAACGCAAUGAUGAGCUACGCCCGAGGCCCGGAUGGAGAGAUUCUCGCAGAGGAUAGAGAUGACAUUCCCGCAAGCAAAGAAGAAGGUGAAAAGGCCUGGCAGUGGGAGAUGGGUCUACGGUUUAUGCGCGGUGAUGAUCCAGACUUUGACUACAAGAUCGUCGACGAAAAUGACGAUUACGAUGAUUGGACCGAGCAACAGGAGAAAUAUUUCGAGGACGAAGAUCCAGAAUGGGUGGUUGGAGAAGCUCGGGGAGAAGAUGCUAGAUCCCAACUGCAGGGGGAGACCGGAAUUCAGGAUUUCUGA